AUGGGAAAGAAAGCAACUUAUGAAGAUAAACCGAUCGAAUUCAUUAAAGACAACUUGAAGUGUUUAUUUCCUUUAAUUCCUGCUGAAAAAUUUGAAAAUUAUGAGAUCGUUUAUAAAUUCGAUGAAAGCGACACCAACGCUUUAUUCGGUGGUAAACAGUUCCUUAUUCUAUUCGAUCGGGAGCUAACUGCUCCUGAAACGAAAAACGGGGGAAAAAAACAAAUUAUAAUGCGUGAUAUCGAUCUAAAUUAUAUAAAGGAGAAUCAGCAAGAUAGUGAACUAAGUUUAAGGCUUAGCAACGAACAACAUGAAGAAUUAAGAUCCUCAUUAGAUAAGACUCUGAAAGAAGUUGGCGUGGAAAUGGAAACAUCUACAGCAGAUACCGAUGAUUACCUUUCUCUUAUCGGUUUCUUCGAAGAAAUUAUCUUAUAUUUAUAUACUACUCCACGAUCUGGUCAAAAAACUCUCAAAACUUGUCUGAUUAACGCUCGUAAUUUCUUAUUCGUAUAUUAUUCUCUUAUGAGACACGAUAUAAAAAACAAGUAUUACCUUGAUGCGAUAUUGCAAAUCAUGGCCUUUGUGUCAUAUCGAAAUCUCGGUGUUGAACGUAUAAGAGAUAUACGUCAUCUACUUGAGCCUGCUAUUGAUGAAGUUUGCGCCAAAUUUGAUAUUUGUUUUGAUAUGAUAGUUCAAGGUUCUUGGGUGCCUGGGUUAGUAAUUGGUGCUAGCUUGAUAGUUGGCUAUACAAUGGCAACUGCUGAACCAUUAAUUGGUCUUGCCGUCGGUGUAAAGGGCAAGCAGGAAAUACGAAGCUUACAUGUUUCCCGGAUGGUGAAAAAAUAUUUUUAA